AUGUCAAACACCCUCAGACCAUACCUCAACGCCGUCCGUGCGACUCUCACUGCCGCGUUGACAUUGGACAACUUUGCCUCUCAGCAGGUCGAACGGCAUAACAAGCCCGAGGUUGAGAUACACACAUCCCCCGAAGUCUUACUCCUUCCCCUCAUCGUCUCCCGAAACGAAUCCGAGCGUGUCCUCAUCGAACCCUCUGUCAACUCUCUUCGACUGAGUAUAGCGAUCAAACAGGCCGAUGAAAUUGAAAAGAUUCUAUGUCAUAAAUUCACUCGGUUCAUGAUGAUGCGUGCGGAGGGUUUUAUCAUUUUGAGAAGAAAACCAUUACCCGGAUACGACAUCUCAUUCCUCAUAACAAACUUUCAUUCCGAGUCAAUGCUCAAACAUAAACUCGUAGAUUUCAUCAUACAGUUUAUGGAAGAUGUGGACAAGGAGAUAUCGGAGAUGAAGUUGUCUUUGAAUGCUAGGGCUCGUAUAGUGGCGGAGAGUUAUUUGUCAACUGUGAGUUGA